AUGGAAUUGUUGCCCCAGGGACAAAGGAACAACACACAGGUGACGUUUGAAGACCAGCAGAAGAUCAACGAGUUCUCAAAGCUGAUCAUGCGCAAGGAUACCGUUGCGCAGGAAUUGACUUUGCAGAAACAGGAGAAGGAGUACCUCGAUGAUGUUUCCCUGGAGAUCGAACUGAUCGAUGAAGACGAGCCUGUGCAGUACAAGGUCGGCGACCUCUUCAUCUUCAUGAAACAAAGCAAAGUGGCCGCACACCUCGAAGAGGAUGCACAGCUUCUCGAGGACAAGAUCCAGACCCUGCAGGAUAAGCAAGGUGAGAUUGACGGCCGUCUUGAUGCUCUGAAGGCUUCCCUGUACGCCAAAUUUGGCGAUAAUAUCAACCUUGAACGUUAA